UUUCCCUCCCCCAUUUUAAACACUCUCUAGAAAACACACUCUUGGCUCUUUCUCUCUCUAAAAGUAGAGUACUAGUUAAGCAGAACCUGAGAUCAAGAAGACGAACCGAAGAAGAUGAGGAGGUUGUUCACCAAACCCUCCGGCGACUCGCCGGAGCCUCCGUCUCCCUCCACAGCCACCGGACCUGCGCGGCCCAUCCGCCUGGUGUACUGCGACGAGAAAGGCAAGUUCCAGAUGGAUCCGGAGGCCGUCGCCGCUCUUCAGCUCGUCAAAGACCCCGUCGGCGUCGUCUCCGUCUGCGGCCGCGCUCGCCAAGGCAAGAGCUUCAUUUUGAAUCAGCUUCUUGGAAGGAGCAGUGGAUUUCAAGUGGCGUCGACUCAUCGGCCAUGUACAAAAGGGCUUUGGCUGUGGAGUGCACCCAUAAGGAGAACUGCCCUCGAUGGAACUGAGUACAACCUUUUACUGUUAGAUAGUGAAGGAAUUGAUGCUUAUGAUCAAACGGGAACAUACAGCACACAGAUAUUUUCCUUAGCUGUCCUCUUAUCAAGCAUGUUUGUAUACAACCAGAUGGGUGGUAUUGAUGAAGCAGCACUUGAUCGCCUCUCUCUUGUUACUGAAAUGACUAAACAUAUUCGUGUUAGAGCAUCUGGAGAACGGACUACUGCCUCUGAGCUUGGCCAAUUCUCCCCAAUCUUUGUUUGGCUUUUAAGGGACUUUUAUUUGGACUUGGUGGAAGACAAUAGGAGAAUAACACCCCGUGACUACCUAGAGCUAGCUUUGAGGCCAGUUCAAGGCGGUGGAAGAGACUUAGCUGCUAAAAAUGAGAUUCGUGAGUCCAUUCGGGCUCUUUUUCCGGAUAGAGAAUGCUUCACGCUUGUGCGCCCUUUGAGCAAUGAAAAUGAACUCCAGCGACUUGACCAAAUUCCUUUAGACAAAUUAAGACCAGAAUUUAGAUCUGGUCUGGAUGCCUUCACAAAGUUUGUAUUUGAGAGGACUAGGCCCAAACAAUUUGGGGCAACAGUAAUGACAGGACCCAUUCUUGCAUGUAUAACUCAGUCUUUUCUGGAUGCAAUUAAUAAUGGUGCAGUGCCUACAAUAACCUCCUCAUGGCAGAGUGUUGAAGAAGCACAGUGUCAGAGAGCGUAUGAUUUAGCAACUGAAGUUUAUAUGUCUGCUUUUGACCGUUCAAAACCCCCUGAGGAAGCUGCAUUAAGGGGAGCACACGAAGUGGCGGUUCAAAAAUCAUUCGCUGCAUUUAAUGAUAGUGCUAUAGGGGCUGGUUCAACUAGGCAGAAAUAUGAAAAGCGUCUCCAGAAUUUUUUAAAGAAGGCGUUUGAGGACUACAAAAGGGAUGCUUUUAGGGAGGCAUACUUGCAAUGUUCAAACGCGAUACAGAACAUGGAAAAAGAACUAAGAGCAGCUUGUCACACUUCUGAUGCAAAAGUGGAUAAUGUUCUUAAGGUUCUCGAUAAUCUUUUGACCAAGUAUGAAGCCUCAUGUCAUGGUCCAGAAAAAUGGCAGAAACUGACAUCAUUCUUGAGACACAGUUUGGAAGGUCCAGUCCUUGAUCUCAUAAAGAAGCAGAUAGAUCAAAUUGGAUCAGAGAAGAGUUCCCUUGUGUUGAAAUGCCGGUCGAUUGAGGAUAAGAUGGGGUUGCUUAACAAGCAAUUAGAAGCUAGUGAAAAAUAUAAAUCUGAAUAUUUGAAGCGUUAUGAAGAUGCCAUAAAUGACAAGAAAAAGCUUGGUGAUGAUUAUAUGAGUCGGAUAAUGAAUUUGCAGAGUAAAUGUAGCUCAUUGGAAGAGAGGGCUUCUAGCUUGUCAAAAACAUUAGAUUCUUCCAGGCAGGAGUCCAUAGAAUGGAAAAGAAAAUAUGAACAGGUUCUGUCUAAACAGAAGGCUGAAGAAGACCAGGCAAGUGCAGAAAUUGCGAUUCUCAAGUCCAGGAGCAGUGCUGCAGAGGCAAGGUUGGCUGCUGCCAGGGAACAUUCUCAGUCUGCCCAAGAGGAGGCAGAGGAGUGGAAACGAAAGUAUGCCAUCGCUGUUAGGGAAGCAAAAGCUGCUUUAGAGAAGGCAGCAUCUGUUCAAGAACGCUCAAAUAAGCAAACACAGAUGAGGGAAGAUACUUUGAGAGCAGAGUUUUCUAGUAGCUUAGCUGAGAAGGAAGAGGAAAUAAAGGACAAGGCAGCAAAGAUUGAAUAUGCAGAGCAGCGCUUGACAACUUUGAGUUUGGAACUGAAGGCUGCUGAAUCGAAGAUAAAGAACUAUGAUUUGGAAAUCUCAACCUUGAAGAUUGGAAUUAAAGAGUUGGGUGAGAAGCUAGAAACUGCAAAUGCUACUGCUCAAUCGUUUGAAAGAGAAGUUAGGAUACUGGAACAGGAAAAAAUCCAUUUGGAGGAAAAAUACCGAUCCGAGUUCAAUAGGUUUGAGGAAGUCCAGGAGAGGUGUAGAACUGCUGAGAGAGAAGCUCAAAGAGCCACUGAGUUAGCCGAUACAGCUCGAGCCGAGGCAGUCACUGCUCAAAAGGAAAAGAAUGAGAUUCAGCGAACAGCAAUGGAAAGGUUGGCUCAGAUUGAGAGGGCCGAGAGGCAUGUUGAAAGUUUAGAGAGGCAGAAAGCUGACCUGGCAAACGAAUUAGAGGGAUACCGUGUUUCUGAGAGGGAUGCUAUAUCGAAAGUCGCAAUGUUGGAGUCAAGGGUCGAAGAAAGAGAGAAGGAAAUAGAGACACUCUUAAAAUCUAACAAUGAACAGAGGGCUAGUACGGUACAAGUCCUUGAGAGUCUGUUAGAAACUGAGCGGGUGGCACGUGCGGAAGCAACCAACAGGGCAGAAGCACUUUCUGUUAAGUUGCAAGCCACACAAGGAAAACUCGAUUCUCUCCAGCAAAAGAUGACGGAAGUUCGACUCAAUGAAUCAGCAUUGGACAGUAAGCUGAGAACUGCUUCUCAUGGGAAACGUUCACGGGUAGACAAUUAUGAAAUGGCUUUUGAAUCGGUUCAUGAUAUGGGCGUCGAUGAUGGAGUAAUGAGAGGAAACAAGAGGUCCAGAAGUACAACUAGCCCUUCAAAGUUCACACAGCAUGAAGAUGGAGGUUCAGUGUUCAAAGGUGAUGAAGAGAAUCACAGCCAGCAAACGAAUUCGGAAGACUAUACGAAGUUCACCGUUCAGAGACUGAAGCAAGAACUCACAAAGCAUAAUUUUGGUGCCGAGCUGCUUCAGUUGAGGAAUGCCAACAAGAAAGACAUACUCUCUCUUUACGAGAAAUAUGUUCUCCAGAAGUCGUAGCCUUUCAAAUUGUCGUAUGUACUGAGAAUCGAUUGAUAGGCAGCUUGUGAAAGCUGUGAGUAACGAAAAUCUGGAGACUGGUGGUUUCAUUAUUAUCAAGCUUCGACCUCAUUUGGUGCAAUGAGGCAACUUCAAGAACUCUUCAGGUGUGAUGUAUUUACUCUUUAGAUAUUUUUGGCUUUUUUCUGGAGGUGUAUUUCUUGUUUGUGUGGGUUGUCUUUGUGUAUUUACUUAGGUUGAAGUAUUUAUUUAAUUUGUGUUGAUAGGAAUGUUUAACCACCCUAACAGCAUGCACUAAUGUGUGCCUUCCAAACUGUGUCUUAGUUUGUCCAGUUUGAUUAUCAUCCUAUACUCUUUACAUCUUAGGCCAUAUUUAUAUUUGUUGAGCAAUGCUCCAUGAACAAAUUUUUUUUACUAA